AUGUAUCUCACUGACACUCAUCUACUGGAUUUACCCGAUGACAUCGUACUGACUAUUUUGAAGAAACUGGACAAGAUGUUUGCCCUCUAUUCAUUAAUAGAUAUUGGUAUUGAACGACUUGAUCUUCUCGCACAAGAUAUAACUUUCACCGAUACUCUCAAUUUUUUGUCAACCGAAACUGAUAAUAUUUGUUCACUUAAUGAUUCCAUUAUUGAUCGAUUUUGUAGCGAUAUAUUACCACGAAUUCAAUGCACCGUUCAAUAUCUUAUUUUUGAAUCAAUAAUCACGGAACGUAUUCUACUUGCUAUUAAUUGUCCUAAUCUUACUAAAUUGAAAAUCUUCAAUGCCAAUCAAGAUAUUGCUUUACAUUAUUUUACAAAUGAAUCACACUUUCGACAUAUUUUCAAACAAAAAAUUACAGAUCUUACUGUUAUAAAUCAUCAUACAAAUGCUCAUAUAUCAACAGUUGAUUACACAAAAAAUAAUGAUCUACCUAAUUUAAAAUGUUUUUCAUUAAGAAUUGGUUCUUUAAAUGAUGGAUACGAUACUCUAAUUGUACCACUUCUUCGUCGUAUGCGUAAUCGCGAAGAAUUGACUUUAGAUCUUCGUAUAGAUGAUCAAACUAGAUUUGUCGAUGGUACUCAAGUUCACAAUGAAAUUCUUAUUCAUAUGGCACAACUUCAUAAAUUCAUCUUUUAUAUCAAGACUACUAUUCAGAAGAAUAAUAGUAUUCCUCGUUUGUCAAACGAUGACAUUCAGCGAACAUUUAAUAAUAUAGGAUAUGAACAAGUUGGUUGUAUAGUAGAUAAUAGAGGUAUUUAA